AUGUCGUCAGAGGACGUCACUACGAUGCGCUAUAUACUCUUCUGUCUUCUGUCCCUCUCCUUCAACAGGAACCUCGCAUUCGUCCUUGAUAAACAAAAUCCUUAUUCGCAAUUCCGCAAAUGGAACGUCGGUUUGAACGGGACGCUCGAAUUAGAAUUCAAAACUGACCAACCAAAUGGUCUACUUUUGUAUACGGAUGAUGGAGGAACUUAUGACUUUUUUGAGCUGAAGCUUGUGAAUGGAGCGUUAAGGUUGAGAUAUAAUUUGGGAGGUGGUGCUCAGAUUAUUACUGUAGGAAACAACCUCAAUGAUGGACAUUGGCAUAAAGUUCAGAUUGCUCGCCGUGACGAACUUACGUCCCUCACUAUAGAUGGCAACACACAGAACAAAACGUCAAGAGGCAAAGAGUUCGUCUUUGGCAAGUUCAACUUGAACUCUGACGUGUUCGUUGGCGGGAUACCUCCUUCGUGA